GCAAGAGCUAUAGAGGCUGCGCAUGUGUAUCCGUUUAUUUGCAUUUGAGAGAAGAAAUGCAAUAAAUAUUGUUGAUUCUGUGGAUUAAGAGCAUUAAUCUAUCUGAAAAUGUCCAAACUGCAGCUGUUGAAUACGUUUCUCACCGAGCGAUUAACUGCAGCGGCUGUUGAGAUAUUUGGGGCAGUGGAAAAAACGAUAACGGAGUACCAGGAAGAAAUCUCCCGUUCAAAGGAGGAGAUCGAUCGUCUACAAAGGCAACUGCACAUCGUUACCCAACCGAAGAUAAAGUUACAUAAAGCAGAUACCCAGCAGCUCAUUCUCCCUGUCCCUGAGGAGGUUCCCCUUGAGCAGCAGCACUGUGAGCAGGAGUGGACCCCUGGUCUGGUGCAGGAGGACUCAGACCCCACACAGAUUAAAGAAGAACAGGAAGAACUCAGGACCAAUCAGGAGGAAGAGCAGCUUCAGGGGCUGGAGUCUGAUACCAACAUUCUAACAUGUUCUCCUCCCUUUGUGAAAAGUGACUGUGAUCAGGAUGACCCACAUAAGUCCUCCCAACUUUACCACAUACAAACUGUGGAGAACAGAGAGAGGGACUCACUACCUACCAGCACAAUUGAAGAGAUCAAAAUAGAACCCGAUGAAGAGGAUUACAGAGUAUCAGAACCAACCAGUGACUCUCAAACCCUCUCUGUAGUAACCCCUUACAGCUCCGUGAGCACAUUAAAUAUGAAUCAGCUAAUUGGCAAUGCAGAAUCAGACAAACCAUUUCAGUGCAAUGUAUGUGGCAAAUUCCUCAAGAGGGAAAAAAGUCUUAUCGUGCACAUGAUGGGUCAUGCAGGAGAGAAACCAUUUACAUGUCCUUUAUGUAACAAAGGCUUUGUUGCGGUAGGCACUUUAAAGACACACCUGAAACUUCACACAGGGGAAAGGCCACACCGGUGCCAUGUUUGUGGAAGAUGCUUUAAACUGAAAGGAGCCCUGACGGAGCACAUGAGGAUACACACUGGGGAGAAACCAUUUAGCUGUCAUGAUUGUGGCAAGUGCUUCAGUCGUACAAAUGCCCUUACGAAUCACAUGCUGCACAUUCACAAGAAGAAAAGAACGUACAAGUGACCUGCGGAGAAAGAGUCUAUCUGAAAAGUAGCCUUCUAUCUAUAUGGCACACUUAAGUAAUGCCCUUUUAAUUUAAUAAUGUAUGGGUCAAUAUUUGAAGGAAUAAAUGUGUUGACCAUUUACUAAA